UAAAAAUGAUAAUUGUCUUCUUUUCAGACAUAAAACGAGCAAUAACGAACACUUAUUAAAUUCGGAAUAUAUUUUGGUUAAAUUGGCAUUACUGCAGUUGUUCGCCAUCGACGCUGUCAGCAAAUUUUAUUUGCAAGAUUUGACUAAAAAUAGAAUCGGUAUAAAUUCUGAAAAACGGAUUAAGGGAGAGGAUAAUUCUCAAAUAUUAUUCUCUACUUAGGAGACCGCUCGAGAGCAUCAACGACUGGAUGUGACUUUUAAUUAUUCGACAGAACAAACACAGUGUAGUAAUGAGAGAGAAAUCUAAAUAAAAAUAAACUGAAAAUGGAUGCUUUAAGUGUGCUGAUUGUGAUAGCUCUGAUACAUUGUUCACUAUUUUUUUUUGAUACACUUUUUAAGUCCUGUUCACAUUUACCAUAUUUCUAUUUUCUGAAGAACACUGGCUUGGAAAUCCAGAUAUUGAGAGUGAAAUGGUUUACAACUGCUUUCAAUCGCAAAAUAAUUAAAUGGGGAAUGGACCGUUCUAGAUUUUGGGCUGCUUGGUUUAAUGCUGGUGCCAUAAUAAGUAUUGUGUUAUUACCAAUUGCUGUUGUCAUUAUCUUAAAGAUGACAUUUAAUAUGUGGCUGGCUGGAUCUUCAAGCGAUACUAGUUCAGGAGCUAUAUUAGAGCCUAUGUUACCAGGAGUGGAUAUUCCGUUUAAUGAACUUGGCUAUUAUGUAGCAACAUUAGCAAUAUGCAGUAUAGUUCAUGAAUUAGGACAUGCUCUUGCUGCAGCAAGAGAAGACGUGCAGUUAUUUGGUUUAGGGAUUUUGAUCUUCUUCACCAUUCCAAUAGCUUAUGUACAUAUAAGCAAUGAACAACUGGUUGCAUUGCCUCUAAAAAAUCAAUUCCGUGUGACAUGCGCAGGAAUUUGGCAUAAUAUUGUUCUUGCUACAGUAGCUGCAGCGAUUCUUGUGUUUUCUACAUGGUUAUGGGCGCCACUCUAUAGUCUUGGUUAUGGGGUUUACGUGAAGACUAUUUUACCAAAUUCACCUGUAUUGGGACCGACUGGUCUCCUGGAACACGAUGUGAUAUACAAGUUAAACAGUUGUCCUGUAAAAAAUAGCCAAGACUGGUAUGAUUGUAUAUUGCAUUCAAUACAACAUUCAACUCCUGGUUAUUGCGUUAGGCAAUCAUUUAUUCAGGAUUUCGACGAAUCGGUGCCAGCUAAGCAAAAAACAAAUGGAGUCGUGAACUGUUGCACAGCCGAUAGUGAAACGAGUGGCAGUCUGUGUUUUGAAUAUAUUGAAGGGCCACAAGCUGCUCCUCUUCAUCUACCUCCGCAUUCUUGCCUUCCAGCAAGGGUAAUGAUUAAUCAGUCGCAAAAUUUUUGUCAAACUAGUCACGAAUGUUUAUCUCAAGAUACUCAUUGUAUGAAACCUUCUUUAGACAAUGUGACAAAGAUUAUACAAAUAAAAAGGAAGGUAGGUAAGGAUGUGUUAUUCUUUGGUCAUCCAGCAGACAUUUAUAGAACUGUCGAUGUAUCAGAUUGGGUACCAAAGUACUCUUUUCUUCAUCCCAAAUUACCCGAAUCGUUAUCAUUAUUUUGCCAAUAUAUUACAGUAUUUUCAGCAGGGCUGGCGAUCAUUAACGUUGUACCUUGCUUCUUUUUAGAUGGACAGUACAUUAUAAAUAUACUUGUACUUUAUUUAUUAAAUUCCAGGCCAUAUAAUAAAAAUAUUAGAGAAGCCACUGUACUUACAAUAACAACUAUAGGUACAUUGCUGCUUAUAGUAAACUUAAUGUAUUUACUUUCAAAUAAAAUAUUGUAAGUAAUCUUA